AUGAGCACAGAUGCUAACCACCUGCCUACAGGAUCCCAGGAAGUGAGCGGGGCUCUGUGGACUCCAUCCAGCUGGACGGCUUCAGAUGUCCCUCCCAACACCAGUGCCUCCUUGCCAGAGCAGCCAGGGGAAGAGGAGUGGGGAGGCAAUGUUGGAGAGAUUGCAGGCAUGGUUGUGAUCCAGUUCAUUUAUGCCCUGGUGUGUCUGCUGGGGCUGGUAGGCAACUCACUGGUGAUCUUUGUUAUCCUGCGCUAUGCCAAGAUGAAGACAGCUACCAACAUCUACUUGCUCAACCUGGCCAUUGCUGAUGAGCUUUUCAUGCUCAGUAUCCCCUUUGUGGCCACCUCUGCUGCCCUACACCACUGGCCCUUUGGUCGGGCCCUGUGCCGUACCGUGCUGGGCGUGGAUGGUCUCAACAUGUUUACCAGUGUCUUCUGCCUGACUGUGCUCAGCCUGGACCGCUACAUCGCCGUGGUGCAUCCACUACGGGCAGCCACCUACCGCCGGCCGCGGGUGGCUAAGAUGGUCAAUGGAGGGGUCUGGCUGCUCUCGCUGCUGGUGGCUUCACCCAUCCCCAUCUUUGCUGGCACAGCCACCACGCGAGACGGCCAUGCGGUGGCUUGCAACCUCCUGUGGCCUAGUCCAGCUUGGUCGGCCGCUUUUGUGGUCUACACAACCUUGCUGGGCUUCCUGCUGCCAGUACUGGCCAUGGGGCUGUGCUACCUGCUGAUCGUGGGCAAGAUGAGGGCGGUGGCUCAGCGGGUGGGCUGGCAGCAGCGGCGGCGCACGGAAGGGAAGCUGACCCGGCUGGUGCUGAUCAUUGUGGCUAUGUUUGUGGUGUGUUGGAUGCCCUUCUAUGUGGUCCAGCUGGUGAACUUGUUGCUGCCCGGCCGCCUGGAUGCCACAGUCAACAACGCAUCCCUCAUCCUCAGCUACUCCAAUAGCUGUGCCAACCCCAUCCUGUAUGGCUUCCUCUCUGAGAACUUCAGGCACUCAUUCCAGGGGGUCUUGCGGAGAUGCUUUGAUGCCAGCUUCUGCUGCUGCCCAGUGGACCUGGAUGAGGCAGAGGAGGAGGAGGAGGAGCCAUUGGAUUACUGUGCCAACCCCCGAGGUGAUGAGAAAAACAAGGGCUGCAUGUGUCCGACCCUGCCCUGCCAGCAGGAGCCUGUGCACCCUGAGCCCUGCUGCAAGCCAGGCACCCUUCUUACAAAGACCACUACCUUUUAA